AUGGAGAAGAAGCGGAAGCUCCCCGCGAGGACUUCGGCCCGCGUUGAAAAUGCCAACAAACGCCGGAACAUGACACCGCGAGCGGAGCGUUCUGCGACUCCUCUUCCUCCUCCUCCUGAUCCCGAGCCCGUCAAGGAGCCGUCUCCAUCGCCUCCGCCGCCUCCGCCGCCGCUGCCAACCUCGAUCCAGCCCGGAAAGCCGCUGCCAACGGUCGAGGUAGCGCAACCUGACGACUUGUCGGCCAAGGAAUAUCAGUCCAUCUCCGAAAGGCAUGUUGGCGUCCUCGCAGAAUCUCUCUCGCGGUCUCGAUAUCGAUGGAUUAAUGAUGGACUCUUCGAAAAGUUUUGGACGAAACCUCAUAAGCGAAAGGGCGUCCUCAACGAAGACCCGAAGAACCCUCCAAAGGACAGUAUGACCAAGAUUGGCCCCGUUACAAUCACCAUAGAACCUCACAUUGUCGAGGCCACCAUGUUCAUCGUCAAGGAAUCCAAGCAACGUCCCCCCCCGCCUCGGACACCACAGCAGGCACCAAAGCCGUCGCCAGUGUCUCAAACGCAAAGUCCUGCGCAACCACUGUCGCAAUCACAACCACAGCCGCUCGCCCGUCCGGUACUUCAGUAUGGCCCUCCAAAUGGCUCCAUGCCUCCCCCGCCUGCGCCUGGAUCGUCGACCUCGACCUCAGUUCCUACCGCGGCUACCACACCAAAGCCCAUUGCUCCCCCGAGUCCUUCCCUGAGGCCGCCGUCGUCCUCGCCCAGCACUUUGGGACCUCAGCCCUCACCCUCGCCGCUUACGACCAUCAACGUAGCCACGUCACCAUCGCCUAGCCCGGCAGUGUCUGCUCAGACUGCUGCUCAACCCCCUGUGCCUCCACCUUCACUUCCAGCUGCUACUCCCCCACCUCCGAUUCGACAGCCCGCGAAUCCCCUUCCAGCGCAGCACCAGGCUCCUACAGGCACGCCAUUGGCAAGGCCCCCACCGCCGCCACCCCCGACCGCGACCGCGACCACGACGGCUCACGCUCGGCCGGCCAAUGCUGGGCCAGCUCAGUCUCCAGCUGCAGUGAAGCCUGCAACGCCGGUUGCAGGGCGCCCUCCUGCAGCAAAGCCCGUCCCUAACGAUCCAGUCAUUGCCCUGCUCGCCCAAAAGGCGUCAGGAGACCCUGAGCUACGUGAUCUUAUGAAGAGGGUCGCCGUGGGCCAGGCCAAACAGGGGGAACUUGAUCGCUUCCAAAAGAUCAUCGAUCAGCUAAAUGCCGAGUAUCGGCGGAGUGGUGGGCAACAGGGCCCCUCGGCUGAUAGGCUGCUGGUGGAUGGAAGGACUGUCAAGUAUUUUGCUGAUGAAGUGCGGACUAUUCUCGACAUUGUCUUGGCAUCCAACCCUCGCCAAACAUCAAGCGAGCUAAGGCCACCGCCCAGGAGUGAUCCUUUGGUCGUUUUGCUUGUGAAGGCUGCCUUGGAGGAUCAAAAGACGAGCGAUAUGAUUCGGCGCAUUGCCGAAGGACGUGCCGGCUUUACGGAUUCAACAGACCUCAAGGAGAUUCUCGACCGGCUCCACAGAGAUGCAAAGCCUCCUCUGCAGACACUCCCCGCAUCUCUCCCCGCAAAGCAGUUGUCCAAUGAUGCUCCCAAUGGACAUAUGCGAGCUUCGAAUCCCCCAACGCCCCAGCAGGCAAAUCCCCAGGCACUGAGGUCGAAGGGACCCCCACCUGUUCCGAAGCCUGACAUUUCCGCGGUGGUGUUUGAUUUUGGAAACGGCGAUCGCUAUCUAUUUCCCAAAUUCAGCAUCCUGGAAUACCUGCCUACCCCGUCCGGCCAGGAGGUAGUUGCAUCAUUCCUCAUUGUCCGCAAAGGAAGCACAUCAGAGUAUGGCGGAGAUCCUAAGCUGGACUAUUAUCAACCCGUUACAAUACGUAUUUCUACACACGUUGGGCGCUACCUUGAAAACCUGAUGCGCGUCGUGGCCCCUCAGGAUGAGGUACGGCGGUAUAUGGACGAUGUCAUGGACAAUAUGACACGCGCCGAGUACGUCCUACUGGCGAUGCACUUGCCCAGAGUGCCCAGGGACGAAAAGGCAAAUGGCGUGCCUGAUGAACCCAAGACCAAUGGAUCAACAACCAAGGUCGAGGCAGAGUCUGACCACACUGUAGAGGUGAAGCCGUCUGUUCUUUGGACCAAGACGGCCAAUACUAAUAAGCGGUUUGAUCUUCUCAAGCCACACGACGCCGAGGAAGAGAAUGAAGCUAAAUAUAAGCGCCUCAUUCAAUCAGUAACGGCCAGGGAUUGCUAG